AUGGACAAGCUCCUCUUGCUUUCUGUAUUUUACUGCGUCAGCAGCAUCACGGCGGACCCGUUCGUCUGGCCGCCAAGCUACAAGAGAACACCUCUUGGCGAUAGUAUAGAUGUAUCUACAAUGAAAGUCCUAAAGGCUACAUACGAAGCGGCAGAAGACAAGAAUGUAGUGUCAUCACCACUGGGCCUCAUGACUCUGCUAUCAUUGUUCAACUUGGGCGCUGGGCCGGAAACACAGGCCGAAAUCACCAAAUUCUUAGGAGGAACCGAUGCUAGGAAGACGUCAGACUUGUUCAAACGGUUGACAUUGAUGUACUCCGAGUUGAACCCAGACCACCUGACUUUUGCGGACAAGAUCUCCGUCUCAAACAGGUACACCUUGAACAAAAGUUUUGCUGCAGACGCUCGGGAUUAUCUCUGUGAAUUCGACACGCUCGACUUUGGUAAACCUGCGGAAGCAGCUGCUGCCAUCAACAGAUGGGCAGCUGAAAAGACUAAAGGCCACAUCACAGAACCAGUUAGCAAGGAUUCGUUGGGUCCUGAUGUAGCCGCCGUACUUUACAACGUCAUAUACUUUAAUGGUCACUGGCACGUUCCCUUCAAAGCAGAAGAGACAAAGGAUAAAGACUUCCACGUGAGCCGCGAUAGUGUCGUCAAAAAACCGAUGAUGCAUCUGUUUCAAUCUCUGUACUACGCAGAGAGUGAACAACUCGGAGCUAAGAUGAUUGAACUGCCUUACAAGGAGACAGGUUUUCGCAUGGUAGUGGUGCUCCCGAACGAAGUGGACGGUCUACCGUCGGUGCUGGAGAAGGCGGCGGAGAAGGGACUCCUUUCGGAUGUGUUCAGGCUGAGCCCGGCUGGUUGCGAAGUAGACCUCGAUAUGCCCAAGUUUGAAAUCAACACCAAAAUUGACUUCAAUGAUAUCUUGCCAAAGGUUGGUGUAAGUAAAAUGUUCGCCGAAUUUGCUCCAGGUAUUGUAAACGCUCCAGUCAAGGUGUCGAAGGCAUUCCAAGAAGCUUUCAUCAAAGUGGAUGAAGAAGGAGCUACAGCGGGGGCAUUCACUGGUUUGGUUAUGAUUACAAUUUCUGCUCUCUCAACACCACCACCACCUAUGAAGUUCACAGUGGACCAUCCAUUCCUGUACGCGAUCCUGCACGAGGACAAAAUCCUGUUCGCAGGCACAUACUCAUCAUAA